UUCGAGCCCGGAUCGGCUCACAACGAAAAAUUGUUCGCAUUCCAACAUGAUCUGUAUUCGCAUAGGCACUGAUCAGAUUCGAACCGUGUUCGGUUCAAUUUUUGUUGUGAGUAGAUCCCAAUUCCACAACUCCGAUCAAAGACUUCCCACUACAUCACCUGCUGCAUUCUGAUUUCUGGCUCGAUCUCUGAAAAUGUAUUCCCGUCAGCCCCCGACGCGAGUGCGGAGCUCUCCAAACAUCGAGAGACACAGCAAAGAAGUGGGAGGCUUAGAAUCUUCGUUGCUUCAACUCGUCCAGGAUCAUCAGCAGACCUCCCUCAGGGUCCGAGAAGAAACCGAGAAAGCAAAGAAGGCUGCCAUUAAAACUGCAAUUCGAGUUUCAGAUGCUUUGCUGGACACGGUCAAUGGUGGAGUGCAAGAAUCUUUCAUCAAUGAAAAACGAAUUGAACUCGAAAUUCGAUCUUUAUCUGCUACGAUUAUGCGAUAUGCGAAGCAAACAGAUCAGUGGCUUGCUGCUUCUCAUGCCUUAAACUCUGCUGUUAAGGAAAUUGGAGACUUUGAGAACUGGAUGAAAACAAUGGAUUAUGAUUGUAGAAGUAUAAAUAAAGCAAUUCACAACAUUUACCAAGCAUGAACUCAAUGUAAUGAUUUCUCAACUCUUGAAAACCAAUUUGUUGAAUUCCUUAGAGAAUACACAUCUGGAAGAAAUCCACUUUAAUCUGGCUGAUCUUUUUCUUCUACUUAAAUAUAUAUAUAUAUAUAUAUAUAUAUAUUAAAAAUACAGUGUAUUAAUGUGGAAAUUAUCAACAACCCUUACCAGAUACUAGUGUAACAUUAGCAAUGACCAAUAUUGCAGGGAAUUUCAAUAUUAUCUUUCAAUGCAGCUGCAUAUUUGAUUAUCUUUUCA